UCUGGAGUUCGCCCCGCUGCUGCUCAGCCCGCCCCCAUCCUCGCGACGCCCCCUCUGGCCUCACAGCUGAGUUGAUGGCUCCCGGAGAACUGGCAUAGCUGCAGAAUAUGAGUAGUUCCCCAAGAAGAGCGCAUUGCCUUUGGCACAAGGAUCAGAAUAAAGGUGAAUUGUUAAUACAUAGGGUUUUUCAGUAAAAAGUCACUGAAAAUUAUUCCUAGCUGUUUGAUGUACAGCACCUAGAGGCCUCGAACUAGGAUUCCCCAGGCUGUAUUCUACCUACAGAAUCUGUCAGGUGAAGGUAUAUUUUUUUCUUUUUAAUUUGGCUAGAAGCAAUUUAUUUUUAAAGAAAGUAUGUCUCCUCUGAAGAUACAUGGCCCUAUCAGAAUUCGAAGUAUGCAGACUGGGAUUACAAAAUGGAAAGAAGGAUCCUUUGAAGUUGUGGAAAAAGAGAAUAAAGUCAGCCUAGUAGUUCACUACAAUACUGGAGGAAUUCCAAGGAUAUUUCAGCUAAGUCAUAACAUUAAAAAUGUGGUGCUUCGACCCAGUGGAGCAAAACAAAGCCGCCUAAUGUUAACUCUACAAGAUAACAGCUUCUUGUCUAUUGAUAAAGUACCAAGUAAGGAUGCAGAGGAAAUGAGGUUGUUUCUGGAUGCAGUUCAUCAAAACAGACUUAAUGCAGCCAUGAAACCUUCUCAGGGUUCUGGUAGUUUUGGAGCUAUUCUGGGCAGCAGGACCUCACAGAAGGAAACCAACAGGCAGCUCUCUUACUCAGACAAUCAGGUCUCUUCAAAAAGAGGAAGUUUGGAAACUAAAGAUGAUAUUCCAUUUCGAAAAGUUCUUGGUAAUCCAGGUAGAGGAUCGAUAAAGGCCGCAGCAGGAAGUGGAGUAACUGCUACCCGGACAGUUCCCUCUUUGACAUCUACAUCCACACCUCUUAGAUCAGGGUUAUUAGAAAAUAGGACUGAAAAGAGGAAAAGAAUGCUAUCAUCUGGCUCAGAGCUGAAUGAAGAUUACCCUAAAGAAAAUGAUUCAUCGUCGAACAACAAGGCUAUGACAGAUCCCUCAAGAAAGUAUUUAACCAACAGUAGAGAGAAGCAGCUGAGUUUGAAACCGUCAGAAGAGAAUAGGACAUCAGGGCUUUUACCUUUGCAGUCAUCAUCUUUUUAUGGUAGCAGAGCUGCAUCCAAGGACUACUCUCCUGGCAGCACUAACCUAGACAGGACUAAUAUUUCAAGCCAAACUCCCUCUGCCAAAAGAAGUUUGGGAUUUCUUCCUCAGCCAGCUCCUCUUUCUGUUAAAAAACUGAGGUGUAACCAGGAUUACACCGGCUGGAACAAACCAAGAGUGCCCCUUUCCUCUCACCAACAGCAGCAACUGCAGGGCUUCUCCAAUUUGGGAAAUACCUGCUAUAUGAAUGCUAUUUUACAGUCUCUGUUUUCACUCCAAUCAUUUGCAAAUGACUUGCUCAAGCAAGGUAUCCCAUGGAAGAAAAUUCCACUCAACGCACUUAUCAGGCGCUUUGCACACUUGCUUGUUAAAAAAGAUAUCUGUAAUUCAGAGACGAAAAAAGAUUUACUCAAGAAGGUUAAAAAUGCCAUUUCAGCUACAGCAGAGAGAUUCUCUGGUUAUAUGCAGAAUGACGCUCAUGAAUUUUUAAGUCAGUGCUUAGACCAGCUGAAAGAGGAUAUGGAAAAAUUAAAUAAAACUUGGAAGACUGAACCUGUUCCUGGAGAAGAAAAUUCACCAGAUAUUUCAGCUACUAGAGUAUACACUUGCCCUGUUAUUACUAAUUUGGAGUUUGAAGUUCAGCACUCCAUCAUCUGUAAAGCAUGUGGCGAGAUUAUUCCCAAAAGAGAACAGUUUAAUGACCUCUCCAUUGACCUUCCUCGAAGGAAGAAGCCACUCCCUCCUCGUUCAGUUCAAGAUUCCCUUGAUCUUUUCUUUAGGGCAGAAGAACUUGAGUAUUCCUGUGAGAAGUGUGGUGGGAAAUGUGCUCUUGUCAGGCACAAAUUUAACAGGCUACCCAGGAUCCUCAUUCUUCAUUUGAAACGAUAUAGCUUCAAUGUUGCUCUCUCACUUAACAACAAGAUUGGGCAGCAAGUCAUCAUUCCAAGAUACCUGACCCUCUCAUCUCAUUGCACUGAAAAUACAAAACCACCCUUCAACCUUGGUUGGAGUGCACAAAUGGCAAUUUCUAGACCAUUGAAAGCCUCUCAAAUGGUGAAUUCCUGCAUCACCAGCCCUUCUACACCUUCAAAGAAUUUCACCUUCAAAUCCAAGAACUCCCUGGCUUUAUGCCUUGAUUCAGACAGUGAAGAUGAGCUUAAACGCUCUGUGGCCCUUAGCCAGAGACUUUGUGAAAUGUCAGGCAGUGAACAGCAGCAGGAAGACCUGGAAAAGGAUUCAAAAUCUUGCAGACUAGAACGUGAUAAGUCUGAAUUGGAAAACUCAGGAUUUGACGGAAUGAGUGAAGAAGAGCUUCUAGCAGCUGUUUUAGAGAUAAGUAAAAGAGAAGCUUCACCAUCUCUCAGUCAUGAAGAUGAUGAUAAACCAACCAGCAGCCCUGAUACUGGAUUUGCAGAAGAUGAUAUUCAAGAAAUGCCUGAAAAUCCAGACCCUGUGGAAACUGAGAAGCCAAAAACAGUCACAGAGCCCGAUCCUGCCAGUUUUACCGAGAUAACUAAAGACUGUGAUGAGAAUAAAGAAAACAAAACUCCAGAAGGAUCUCAAGGAGAGGUUGAUUGGCUCCAGCAGUAUGAUAUGGAGCGUGAGAGGGAGGAACAAGAGCUUCAGCAGGCAUUGGCUCAGAGCCUUCAAGAGCAAGAGGCUUGGGAACAGAAAGAAGAUGAUGACCUCAAAAGAGCUACGGAGUUAAGUCUUCAAGAGUUUAACAACUCUUUUCUGGAUUCAUUGGGCUCUGAUGAGGACUCUGGAAAUGAAGAUGUUUUAGAUAUGGAGUAUACAGAAGCUGAAGCUGAGGAACUGAAAAGAAAUGCUGAGACAGGAAAUCUUCCUCAUUCCUAUCGGCUCAUCAGUGUUGUCAGUCACAUUGGUAGCACUUCUUCUUCAGGUCAUUACAUUAGUGAUGUGUACGACAUUAAGAAGCAGGCUUGGUUUACUUAUAAUGACCUAGAGGUAUCUAAAAUCCAAGAGGCUUCUGUGCAGAGUGAUCGAGAUCGAAGUGGUUACAUCUUCUUUUAUAUGCACAAGGAGAUCUUUGAUGAGCUGCUGGAAACAGAAAAGACCUCUCAGGCACUUAGCAUGGAAGUGGGGAAGACCACUCGUCAGGCUUCAUGAGGAACAAACUCCUGGGUUGGCAGUGUGCACUGCAUAUUCUCUCUUACUGCCACCCACUUCUCUUUCCUCUGCCCGAGGAGAAUUUAGAACUCUACUUGAUGCGGGAGCAACAAACAGCUCAGGGCCAAACCAAAAGACGAAAACUGCAAUUAUGCGGAACGCUCCAUUAAUUGUUUUAUGGAAACUUUGGUCUCACAUCUGUAGCUGAUUAUCCUUUUUUUCUCCUACAAGAGUGGCACUUCCUUUUGUCUUAGGAAUACAUGUUGUAAAUAUAUAUAUAUAUGUACAUACACACACACACAUACACACACAUAUAUGUGGAAUGAAUGGAGCCUUAAAGAGUUAGGAUAGCCCACCAGAAUAUGCCUGCUCAAAAUUAAUAGCACAGCAGUUUGGAGACGAAAUAAAGUUGUCAAAGAGUCCAUUCACCUGAGAAAUGUGUGAAGAUAUACAUAUCAUUUGGCAUUUAGCUUUUAUGUUCCUUGAGUAGUUUCACUCAAGUCUGUAAUCUUUCAUGUGUGUUUCCUAUUAGUAAAGUUCACUGGAAAGCCAGCUCUCCAUGUUACACUAAUGACAGUUUGUCCUCCUGACAAAGGAGGGACAUUUCUGCCACCUGACUUGAGGAGCUUUUUUAAAAAAAUUAUUUCAUGGAUUUGUAAUGCUUUUGCUGUUUACAUGCAGUCCCAAGAAAUGGAUUGUUGGUGCUUUGGAAUGUGUUAUGUUCCCACAUUUGGUAUUCAUUGUACACUUUGUAUUUUCUUUAAAGAGAUUCCUUCACACAGUAUUUUCAUUGUAUAUCAUCUAUAUUAUUACCGUGGUGAAGAUAGAAUCUUUUAUUUUUCUUCUGUGUCAUUCUUCCAUGGAGCAAGCAUUACCCUAACAGACUGCAGCCAAAACUUUAAGAGGUAGGAAAGUGAUGUUGUCCCAGUUGGGACUCCCCUACAAGAUUACCUAGAGAAUAAGAAGAAUGCUAGCAUCUCUGUCUCCCACACAGAGAGAGGUCAGGAGGAGUAUUGUGUUAAAGCUGAAACUCUGGACCACUAAAGCUGAAAGCCCUGCUUCAAGGGUGAAAUUAAGCACAUGAGCUAUAGGAUAAAGCUUAAACAUACAACCAUUUGCUGUCUGGCUUUGCCCUUAAAACAGGAUGAGAAUUAAAAUAUGAUUGGUUUAGGUAAUUCCAAGAACUAACAAAUAACAAAGGUGCAUAAUUAUCUUUUUAGGUGCUUUGAGUUGAGGUUAAAUGGGGUUCAGCAUUAAGUGCUAUGUUAGUCACUCAGCUGACAUAACCAGCUUGGUUAAGCAGCUUCUGAAACCAUAUAAAGAAUGAGUUUGAGAGCAGAAUUUUGUUCGUAAAAUAAUUUUGUGAGCCCAGGAAUCAUUAGGAUCACACAGAGUUAAGUAUAGCAAAAUGAAACCUUCAACAUUUUCUUUCAUUUUUAAGUCCAACAUCACAGAAGAUGUAACAUCUUUUCUGGAAGAUUGCCUUCAGAGAGCUCCAGCCCUACUCUUGAAACUUGGAUGUGUUCUGACAUAGUAACCUAUUCUAAAAUAUUGACUCUUUGAAUUAUAAAUGGCCCCAGCACUUUUGCUUAACUACUGAUAAAAGCUUUGUCUCCUACCAUUUACCUACCUGUUAAUGUAGUGAACGUUCCAAAGUGGUACGGUGGUAGGAUAUGCAGGAGUAGUAUAGAGCAGAGGAAAAUACUUGUUUAAAAAACUAGCUUUUAAAAUUUUGUUUAUUUCCACUGGGGAGCCUUUUUUUUUUUUUUUCUUGAAAAUAACUGGUUUUCUCAUAUGUGAGUGAAGUGAUAAUCAAAUUCUUUAGCUGUUUAUUAGUUCACUGUGUCUGUAUUUGAGAGCUUUUGAGAGAUGCUGUUAAAAAUGAUUGGGAAUGAUUGACAUGAGUGGGUGCAUUUAGGGCAUUUAAACAAAUAAAUAUAAUUCCAUAAGCCUAGGUUGCCCAUGAAGUACCCUCGUUUGACUUGCUUUUCAUAGCUUGUGUGUGUGUAUGGUUUAGAAGUACACUUGGCUUGAACCUAAUUUGAUUUGCUCUUCUUGUCUCAGGCAGGAAUUAUUAGUUGAAAAAAGUAGAUGCGUUAUGUCACUGCUCAUAAACUUGCAAGUUUGGGACUUGAAAUUUCCUUGAUGUCUGUCUAUUGUUUUGGCCUGGUCAGCCUUCCUCUCUCCCUUCACUCCUUCAACUAUUACCCCUUUCACUACAAAGUUACUUUCUCAUUUUGGUUCAGUGAAGGAUUAAUGACUACACAUGGAGAGUUCAGCUGGACCAUGUUGAUGGAGUUUUGUUUUUUUGAGCUGACUGUAUGUAUUUAAAAAUUACAAGGAGAUAAUAUUUUUUGUGCAGUUUGCUCAGAAUUGGGGAAUGGGGCAUUUGGCAUGUUGGUGCCCGAAAGGGACAAGUUAGAUAGGGAUAGAGAGCUUCAGUUCCAGGCAGCUUGCACAAUAAGUAAAAUUCCUAUUGAAAAUACCAAAUAUGUUACAUUACUUUAAAUGACUUUGAAUUGGAACUUGACAGUUCUUAGUUCUACACAGAAGUGAUCCUAAUUGGAAUUUUUUGAAAGGGAAAGCUAAACUAAAAUUCAAACUUGUUGAUUAUUAUCACCUAAUAUUAUUACAGAGGAUUGGAAAGUUGCAUGUGCCCAGAUGCUGCUAUCACUUUAGAAGCCCUGACUAUAAUUUAGGCCUAUAAGGAGAUAGAUUCUGUUUUGUAGGGAAUAUAUUUAUG